CUGUAUCUUGUCAAGAAUUUUGUCAGGUUAUGUUUACUUAUUAUAAUUUUCAGGUUAUCAUAUAUUAAAAUGCUGAAAAUUAAUAGAAUUGUUGUAAUUGCUGCACGUUUUACACAGCAAGGCAUAAGAUUAUCUUGUAAGACGUCACAAGAAUGUACAAGCCCAUUUUCAAACCCUAAAUUAAUAAUUCCCAAAGUUAAUUUAUUAAUAGUCAGGGAAUAUGCCAAAGGCAAGGAUAAAAAGAAGGACAAAGGUAAAACGCAGGUGAAAUUUAAUGAGUCAGAAAUAGCAGAAUUUGUAAAUGUAGAUAGUGUCAAAAACCAGAUGCAAAAAGCAAUUGAUGACUUAAAAAAUGAUUUUGUAAAGCAGUUAUCAUUGCGCUCGAGUGCAGGUGCAAUUGAUUCACUGAAAGUAACAUUUGAUGGUAAAGAUUACACUCUGCAAGAGCUGGCUCAAAUAAUCAGAAAAAAUCCCAAAACAUUAGUUGUGAAUAUGCAUGUCUUUCCUCAAGCCAUUCCUGCAGUCUUAACAGCUCUGAAAAACUCUGGUAUGAAUUUGAACCCUCAGCAGGAUGGAACAACACUUUAUAUCCCUAUUCCUAAGGUAACCAGAGAGCACAGGGAAACACUGGCAAAAAAUGCCAAAUCCUUGUUUGUAAAAUACAGGGAUGCCAUAAAGGAUGUAAAGAAUAAGGAAAUUAAAUCUCUAAAGAAAAAGAAAACAGCUUCAGAAGACCAGCUGAAAGUUGUGGAACAACAAGUGGCAACUCUAACUGACAGUUACAUUUUAGAAGCUGAAAAAGUUUAUAAUAGUAAAACUGGUGAACUUUUGGGUGAAAAAGAAUGAAUAUAUUGUAUUAUUCUGAUAAUUUAGUAGCUUAUUUUGUUAAAACUGGGCAACAGUUUAACGACUUUGUACUGACAUGAUAACUGUUAAACACUGUAUAUUCAU